AGCCGCGGCUUCCGGCGCGCUCCCCUCGGGCGGCAGGGGGCGCGCAUUGGGCGCCCCUCGGCUGGCUCGGCUCCCUUUGGGGCCUUUGCGGCCCUGUGUGGCUGGAAGGAAAAUGGAGCAAGAGCCCGAGCCCCAGAGGCAGUCCUGACCCCUCUGGCCGAGGUCCUGCCGCUUUCGCCGCCCGGAGCUUCCUUCUUCUCUCGACCUGGUGCGUUCGAGCGCCCCAGUAGCCUGGGCCCUGCGAGUAGAAUGGUCGCCGAGGCCCAGGGCGUCGGGCUUCUGCGCGCCCAGUGAAGGGAACUGGGGGGCCUCGAGGGUCUCCGCUCCCCCCACCUCCAGGCGCGGACAACCCCGCUUGGUGAAGAGCAGCUGUAUUCAUUGGCGAUUAGAGAUAGAUACCUGUGGUCAGCGACGUAGAGCACUUAUUCUGCACCGAUCCAGGUUAGACCAAAGCCUUUGCUUUUGAAGUUGUUAAAGUCUGUCGGUGCACAAAAAGACACUUAUACUAUGAAAGAGGACUUCUUGGGCAUCCAUGGAUCCCAGGUUAAGAACUUCUGCACUAGAGAUACAUGAGUACAGUAUACUGAUCUUUCUGGGAUAGAGGUUAUAUUUUAUCUUGGCCAGUAUAUUAUGACUAAACGAUUAUACGAUGAGAAGCAACAGCAUAUUGUGUAUUGUUCCAAUGAUCUUCUAGGGGAUCUAUUUGGAGUGCCAAGCUUCUCUGUGAAAGAGCACAGGAAAAUAUAUACAAUGAUCUACAAAAACUUGGUAGUAGUCAAUCAGCAUGAACCAUCAGAUUCAGGCACAUCUGUGAGUGAAAAUAGGUGUCACCUUGAAGGUGGGAGUGAUCAAAAGGACCCUGUGCAAGAGUUGCAGGAAGAGAAACCUUCAUCUUCAGAUUUGGUCUCUAGACCAUCUACCUCAUCUAGAAGGAGAGCAAUUAGUGAGACAGAAGAACAUUCAGAUGAAUUACCUGGUGAACGGCAGAGAAAGCGCCACAAAUCUGAUAGUAUUUCCCUUUCCUUUGAUGAAAGCCUUGCUCUGUGUGUAAUAAGGGAGAUAUGUUGUGAAAGAAGCAGUAGCAGUGAAUCAACAGGGACGCCAUCAAAUCCGGAUCUUGAUGCUGGUGUAAGUGAACAUUCAGGUGAUUGGUUGGAUCAGGAUUCAGUUUCAGAUCAAUUCAGUGUAGAAUUUGAAGUUGAGUCUCUCGAUUCAGAAGAUUAUAGUCUUAGUGAAGAAGGACAAGAACUCUCAGAUGAAGAUGAUGAGGUAUAUCGAGUAACUGUGUAUCAGGCAGGGGAGAGUGAUACAGAUUCAUUUGAAGAAGAUCCUGAAAUUUCCUUAGCUGACUAUUGGAAGUGUGCUUCGUGCAAUGAAAUGAAUCCUCCUCUUCCACCUCAUUGCAACAGAUGUUGGGCCCUCCGUGAGAACUGGCUUCCUGAAGAAAAAGGGAAAAUGCCUGAGAAAGCCAAACUAGAAAACUCAACACAAGUAGAAGAGGGCUUUGAUGUCCCUGAUUGUAAAAAAACUGCAGUGAAUGAUUCCAGAGAUUCAUGUGCUGAGGAAAAUGAUGAUAAAAUCACACAAGCCUCCCAAUCCCAAGAAAGUGAGGACUAUUCCCAGCCAUCAACUUCUAACAGCAUCAUUUAUAGCAGCCAAGAAGAUGUCAAAGAGUUUGAGAGGGAAGAAACACAAGACAAAGAAGAAAUUGUGGAAUCUAGUUUUCCCCUUAAUGCCAUUGAACCUUGUGUGAUUUGCCAAGGUCGACCUAAAAAUGGUUGCAUUGUUCAUGGCAAAACGGGACAUCUUAUGGCAUGCUUUACGUGUGCAAAGAAGCUAAAGAAAAGGAAUAAGCCCUGUCCAGUAUGUAGACAACCAAUUCAAAUGAUUGUGCUAACUUAUUUCCCCUAGUGGACAUGUCUAUAAAAGUAGAGUUCUAUAUUUGUAACUAUAUAACCCUAAAAAUUUAGACAACAUAAAAAUAUUUUUUUACACAUAUCAAAGGAAGAAAUUAUCUGUACAUGUAGAUUUCUUCUCUGUAGUGUAAUUCACCUACUCUGGGAGGGGCGAUAGUAAAUACUUCUUUUAGAAAAAUUUCACUUUUGUUUAUAUUUGGGUUUUAAUGUAAUUAAAAUUGGACAUAUAGCUCAUCUUAACCCCUUACUCCUCAUAUUUUAAAUGAUUUUCACUUCCUUAAAAUUUAGAGAAGUACCUGAUUUUAAAAAAUAUAACAUUUAAAUAUAAGUUAUGUGCAUUCAGGUUAUGGUAUGCAGUAAUUAUGCUACUUACAAAACAUUCAGAUCUGCAGACAGUUUCAUUCACCAUGCUUAUUCAUUAAAUUGUCUAAAUUUUUAGGUUUAGUAUACUUAUUUAUUGAUUUACAAAUAAAAAUAUUAAAUGAAUAAGAAUUGUUUCUAGAAUGAUUAUUGGAUUUUAUAAACUUUUAUAAUAAUGAGUUCUGUUAAAAUAGAAAUUAUACUUGAAUAUCAUCUACUUGGGUAAUCAAAGGUGCAGGUAUGAAUGUGCUUCUAUUUUGGAACGGCCAAGGCUGCCCACUGUGACAGUACACCUAUGAAUGGACAGCUGGAUGCAGCAGGGAGCCUGCAAGGCAUCGAGUAAGACUCAGCUGAGAGAAUGAUGUUACAAAUUUACUUAGUAGGGCCAUGAAAUGCUGUUUUCUCCUUCCUGUUCACUUGUGUUAUCACAUGGCAGCUUGGCUUAAGUGGUUUCUCAACAAAUGAUGGUGAAUGUUCUUGAAGGGAUGUAGCUGGGGCAGGGAGGGGAGCUAGGACUAACCACCCUGCUACUUGUCAGCAUGAAAAGCCCUGUUGUAAUUUUCUGUAAUUUCUCUGCAUCAUCCCUGAAGCUAAAUUCCAUGAGGCCAAUUGAUUGUGACACCUAUAUAUAGGUGAUCAAUAAGAAUUUAUUGAGUGAAUCUCAAAGCAUUCGGACCUGUCUUGAAGCUGACUUCAAAGCAGGAGUCUGUAGGCUCCAAAGUCAGACUAGAGUUAGCUGUUGGUAUCAUUUUGUUCACCUUCAUUUUUAAUGAAGGUUUUAAAGGUACUGAUGAGCGUGUAGUGUGUAGACCUCUGUUAGUUUAGGGUGGUAACUGCAAGUUGUCAUGGCAUCGUGGAAAGUUCGUAGUUGCACUUGCUCGCUGUUUGGAUUUUGUACUGGAGUUUGAUUUCAUCUUUACAGAAAGUGUUUCUUCAGCUUAAAAAAAUACCGUUUAAAAGUUUGUGGCCAUAUUGUCUAUCAUACAGAGCAAGCCUUCCCUUAUAUAUGGUAGGGAAUUAUUGACAUUUACAAGUACUGCUUUAAAAAUAAGUUUUUUUUUAAAGAUUUUAUUUAUUUAUUUUGACAGACACAGCGAGAGAGGGAACACAAGCAGGGAGAGUGGGAGAGGGAGAAGCAGGUUUCCCCAGAGCAGAGAGCCCAAUGUGGGGCUCGAUCCCAGGACCCCAGGAUCAUGACCUGAGCCGAAGGCAGAUGCUUAACGAUUGAGCCGCCCAGGCGCCCCUAAAAAGAUAAAUAUAUUAAAGCAGCAGCGCAUAAGGUGCUCAGAAGUGUUAAAUAUGUUCAAUUAUAAAAUGGACUGUUAACAGGAACUAAUAAAAAGCAACAGAACAAACGAGUAGUCUCAAGUGCAAGCAGAUGGGAGACUCCCCACAUGUUCAGUAAUUUAUUAUAGGUAAUACAUUUGAAGUGAUGUACUAAAAUUGUUAGAAUUACAUUUUGGAUAAGAAGACCGUAAUUGAUUUUUUUUAGGAGAGAGAUGAUCCUAAAACAUAAAUUUUUGUUCUCUUUUAAAGCUCUUUAAAGAUUCAUGUUUUUAAAAAUUAGGGACAUUGGAGCACCUGGUGGCUCAGUCGGUUAAGUGGUUGCCUUUGGCUCAGGUCAUGAUCCCGGCCUCCUGGGAUUGAGCCCUAUAUAUACGGGGCUCCCUGCUCAGCGGGGAGUCUGCUUCUCCUUCUGCCCCUGCCCCGCCCCCCCACCCCCGCUUGCUCGUGCUCUAAUAAAUCUUAAAAAAAAAUUGAUAGACAUUUUCCUUUCAUCCUGUUUCAGUCCCACAGAUCUGCUUGAAAAUAUAUUUAGAUGUCCUACUAAGAAAGUCAACUUAUUACAGUAGUAUCUUUCACAUUCCAAAUUGCAAAAUUUGUCUUUUUUCCCUCAUCUUUGUUACUGUCAUGUUAGAUGAAUUCCAUUUAAACAUUUCUCAGUUAAAUUAUAGUACUAUUAUGUGUUAAUUUUGGUUCACAUCUUUCCAGGUCACACCCUGUAUUAGGCCUUUUCCCAAGAUCACAGUAAAACCUACCUAAAUUGACCUCACUGCCUUUGGUCUCUCCCAUUUUUGGUUCAUUUAUAGAUAAUUUACAGAUAGCUUCAUGUUGGUUCCCCGAUUUAAAUACAGAAAAAACUUCAAUAAUUCUAUUUCUUAUUGAAUAUUAUUGCAAAUGUUCUGGGUGUUCAUUUUAGACAUUUAGACUUCUCUAGAAACAGCUACUUUGUUUUCACCAUUGUACUCUUAAACCCUUUGGUUGCAACAAAGUUCAUUUGUAUCCUCUCUCGUGAGUUAUUUUUAUUCUAAUGGAGUGGGAAGGGCUAAAUUCAAAUAGCAGAUCUGGCCCUUUGUGACCUUAGAAUUAGAGACAAAUCUAUAGAGCCUACAUAUGACAGGGUCUGGCAGGUAGUAAAGACUUAUAAAUGGUAGCUUUUAAUACUUUUGUUGUAUCCAUUUAUGACCAUUACCACUCCAAAACGCAGCUGAAUUAGCCUUGAAUUAACCUUUUUUCCCUUCUACACUGUCUCAGUUCUGAGGUACUUUGUUCACACUUAAAUUUAUUUAUAUGUUGCUUUGGAUCUUCUCUCCAAAAGCAGGUUCUAACAUCCAUUUGUAUCUCCUCCCCCCCCCAGGUGCCUAAUAUAAUGCAUUGUGUGGACAGUAGGCAUUCAGUAAAGGAUGAUUGUCAAAGAAAACAGCUAUGUAGUUUUCUCAAAUUUAUAAGAGGAAAAGACAGUUUUAAAAAAAUAUCCAGAAAAAAGAGUCUGUAAUAUUGCAAUAAUUGCAAAAAUUACUUCAAAGGCAAAAGAGAAACAUUCUAACAAAACAGUGGUUUUUCAAAAGUUGAUAUGCUAUCAGGAUUGUAACAAUUGGUAAAGCUUUCUUAAAACAUCCCUCUGUAUUAAGUUUUUCCACCUUUUCUCACAUUUAUUUUGUUCUUUUUUAAGAGGCAAGUGAGAAGACCAAAUCUCUUUAGUUAAAGACUUUUCUAACCACAAGGUGGAAGCACUACUCUGGGAGUUCUCUGCAGGCAUCCUUUAAUGGUAGGUAGACCUCUAAUGGGACAGAACACUCCCCCCGGGAGAGCUUGCUGGGCUAGAGAGCAAAGAUGUGAUGGGAGUUCUGCUCUUGCUUGUUUAAACACAAACUUCCCAUCUUGGUCCAGAAAUCCUUCAUUAUUCAUCCUUCAAAACUUCAUGUCCGUGGUCCAUAAGGGAAAACAAUUUUUAAAUUAACUUUGACUUAAGUUAAAUAAGUGUUAUUUCAGCAUAAACUCUGGGAAAUGUUUAAUGAAUGUGUUAAGGUGUAGCAAUUACCUGUGUAAACUGGUACCUCUAAAAUUUGAGGUUCCAAUCUUUAAAUCAUUUGCUUUCUUUCAUUAUAAAAAAUAGAAAUAGAAAACUUUUUAAAAAAUGAAGUCGGAAAAAAAAACACAUAAUUCUGUCAUCCAAAAAAAUGGACUAAUUACUUGCUUUACUUCUUUUCCCUAUUCUAAUAUUUUAAAAUUUAGUUCAUUUUAAAACUACCUUUUUGGGGGAGUGGGGAGUAAUGGACCCUCUAAAGAACUGCAAAUAUUGAAGUCUAGCUAAAAUGUUCCAUCAAACUUCUGCCAAAGGGGGUCCUACAUAUAAUGAGUUCUCUUGAAAAUAGAAAACCUUUCCCACUUACUAAGUUGAGAUAUUCGUCAUUUUUUAGAAAUCGGUACCUCUAAAUUAGCCAUUUUGUACUCAGCCGUGUCUCAUUUAAACUGUUGUAUACGUGUUUCAGAGGGCAACCUUGAGUCUGUCCUUUGCUGGAAAUUUGACAUCAGGGGUUGUUACAGUGAUGAGGGUUAAGGGUUAUUAAUUUUCCAGUUCUUACAGAAGGCAAAUCUUGGUUUAUAACUACGUUCUGUGUUUCACACUUUGAAAUCCACAAAAUUUAUUACUUGGGACAAAAGACUUCUCCCUGUACCAGCAUUUUCCAAAAUGUAUUUGGUAAUCAAGGAAUGUAAGUUCAGAGGGAUGGUACUAGGCUAAACUAUUUAAGGAAAUAGUUCUCUGGCUUAUGUUUGGAAAAUGCAUUCCUUUCCUGCAUGAUUUCUCAAAGCCUUUACUACAUUAAUGUGCAUUCUGAAGUUUGCAGGUUUUUUUUUUUUUUAAUCAGAAGGCACAUUUUUCAUCCAUCAUCUGCCCCAUGGUACAAAGUGAUUUAGGAUAUAACAUAUAUAAUAGCAUGGGUAUUUAUCAUAACUGUCCUGGAGUGACUGGGUUUUGAAGAGUUGUUGCAAUAUUAUUGCCUCAUAAAAUGAUAAUUAAAUUUGGUCUUGUCCAGGCUUUAUUUGGUGGUAAUCAGUUCUGUCUAGUUAUGUAGACUUCGUUACAUUUGCAUAUUUGUUUUUAAGGUAAUGGUAAUGGAAGGAAACCGUAUUCAUUGCUUACAUGAAUAUUCUUAUUAAGGAUCAGGAGGGGCACCUGGGUGGCUCAGUCGGCUAAGUGUCUGCCUUUAGCUCAGGUUGUGAUCUGGGGGUCCUGGGAUUGAGCCCUGCAUCAGGCUCCCUGCUCAGCAGGGAGCCUGCUUCUCCCUCUCCCUCUGUCUACCCUCCCCCCUUCCCCCCCCCGCCCCGCUCGUGUACACUCUCUCAAAUAAAUAAUAAAAUCUUUAAAAAAAAAACCCAGAAUAUUCUAAAUUCAGAGGUAGUCAUGGCCCCUACCCAGUAAACUUUGUCUUAGACAAUUUGUGCAAGUUCUUAAUUAUAGUAGAGAAGAAAGUCACUGAGAAAACUUAUAAAUCAGCUGUGAAACAUCUAUAAAAGGCUGUGGAGUAGUUCAUAUGCUAAAGUAGGAUAAGAUGUUUUGUGGCCAGUAGAGUAUCUGCUUAUUAGUGAUAGAAUGUAAAGUCUCUAAUGAAGUUCAACUCUUUCCCUAAACUUCUAUUUUAGGUAUUGUGAGGUGGUUUGUUUUUGUUUUUGUUUUUUUGGCUCUUCAAUAAUCAUUUUCUCCCCCUUUCCCCCAUCUGAAGUCAUGAGGAAGAUAUAAGGAUCUGUCAUAAAAUAAACUAUUGUCACUGUAGAAUAAAAACCAAACUUCUUAAUAAGCAAUUUACCCUGUUGCAAUGAGACAAUAUGCUCUGCUCAUUUUUUCUGGAUUCCCUAGGAAAGGUAUUUCCAAUCCAGUAUCAGAUAUUUUUACUUUCUAAAGCUAGAGGUAACUUCUUAUAACCGUUUUAAAAACAUUACAAAUGCAAAUCCGCUUCGGGAACGAAACACAACAUUGAUUUCUUAGACUUUAAAAAAUGCUAAGAGGCUUUUAAUACUUCUGCUCUGAACGUGAUAAUUAAGUACCAAAAUCAAACUAACACUUAACUUGUGGGGACUUAACGUUUCUCUAAAAUACUCCCUUCCAUUUAGAUUUACUCAUGUUAACAUUUAUCAUAAUUUAGAUAGGUACAUAAAAAGCUGUGUUAGUUCAGGAGAUGUCUUAACUAUUAUUAAUGCUCAUUCCCCUAGCCAGUGUUUCAGUUUUCAGGUCAAUUCUGUUUGUAUCUGAGACAAAAGACCUGGUCUUUAAUAAGGUGUAUUCUGCUUUCAAAAUAUUUAUGUCACCUAGUGUUAGUUAUCCUUUCUCUGCCUGGGCAAGUACCAAAAAGGACAUCAAAAUAAUGGCAUCUUAAACCACUGCUUUUGAUAGUCACAGAAUCAGUCCAGCAGGGGCCUUCAUUUAACAGGUAAGGAAACUGAAUGUGGGGUGGGUUUGAACUCAGGGUUCUUGCCUUCUAAUUAAAAUUUGACUCCUGCAUUCUAUCUUCUUUUCUCUAUCUUAUAAACCUUUACCAUGUUGUUUCCUCCAUAAAAGGAAUUAUACCUGAACUUAGGACCUGAGGAGCAUAACCACCAGUCUAAGAGGGAACUUCUUUCUUGAUUCUCAAGUUAAAUUUCUAAGACAACUUCAAGGUUAAGUGUUAAGUGGACAGUACCUGAAAGGUAGGUUUCUUCCAUUCAUCACGAUUAAAUCAUUCCUUUGUUAUCACCACACAUUGCUUGUUGUGGUUUGAAAACAACCAUUUCUCUUCUUAGGAAAGGACCAUGGUGUUUCUUGAGUCAAGGUCCCACAGAGGGAGUUAAAAGAGUUGCAGUAACCUGGCGAUAUAACAAUGCAAAGCCAGUUUUUACUACUGAGUAGAUGACCACCUUUUCCCAGGAGUCGCUCUAUACAGAAUGACUGCUUGUAGCUGGCAUCAGACCCACUAAGCAAAGCAGAAGAAUCUUGAGAGUUAGAGAAAGUCCUUAUCAAGGAGGAAGAGGCACAAUCUGGCCAACUAAAUCAGGUACUUUUUCAUUUAGUUCAUUCACAUACAUCUGUUUGGGCUCAAACUAGUCCAAGCCUCCCUCUAGGAAUAAAUGACUCAAACAUCUUCAUAGAAUUAAACCUGAAACUUUACAUGCAUUGAUUGGAACUCACCAUCAUUUGCUUAUGGAAGGGCUGCAAAAUAUGUCUAUUACUAGCUUUAUAUAGUAAAAUUUAUGGAUCAAAUUUUAUUUAUAAUGAAUUCUAAGGAACUUGUGUCCCCCAGUCCAUUUUUUAAUAGCAGAAAUUAUGUCUCGUGAAAUGGGCGUUGAAAUGGUAUUCCAUGAAGCUUGGAAGUACUUUGACUACAUUGUUUAAUUAUUCUUAUUAAUAAUAAGGUUCAUUCCAUCUUUUAUCAUAGAACAUGUUGCAAGAAAUAGGUUUUGGCUUCUAUUAAAAACAUUGCCAGUUGGGAAAAAACAUGAUUUGUUUGGUAUGUUCCUAUUAUUCCCACCUCUCCCACUCCCUGCCAAAUGCAAGUCUGAUGAUGACCUUUCCUUCUUUCCUGAUGUAUCUACUUUUGGGACUUUCCACACUUAUUUCGGAUUCCUUCUGGGUAACUACUGCAAGUUCUAAAAUGUUUUAAUAACCAUAACGAGGGCUGUAUACUUACAUUUAUUACAUAGGACCCAGGCAGGAGAAGAAGAUAAUACUCUCCAAAUUUGUUGGUUCUAUAAGGGCAGAUAUGUUUUCUGUCUUGGACUUCUACAAUUACAUUGGGUAAUGGAUUCCCAUUCUGAUCAAAAACUUGACCCUUUAUACCUGCAAGACAAAAAGAACACUUUAUGUUAACACUACAUUUUCUGACAUAUGAAAAAAAAUUCUUGUAGUUAUUUAAGAAAAAUAUGUCCAAUAUUUAUUAAGCUGUUUGGAUGAUGAUAAUAAUAGUAAUAAUAAAGUAUUUAAGGGAAGGUGAACCUUCGCAAAAAAUUGAGAUAUAAUUGUCAUAUAGCAUUAGUUUCAGAUGUACAACAUAAUGAUUUGAUAUAUUUGUGAAAUGAUCACAAUAUAUCUAGUUAACAUAGUUCAAGAUUUUUUCUUGUUUAAUUUUUAUAAAUGGAUGUUAAAUUUUGUUAAAUGGUUUUUUCUGCAUCUAUUGGGAUGAUCAUAUUAUUUUUAUCUUUCAUUUUGUUAAUGUGGUAUAUUACGCUGAUUUUGCAGAUGUCAAGCCAUCCUUGCAUCCAUGGAAUAAAUCCCACUAGAUCAAGGAAGGUCCUUUUAAUGUAUUGUUGAAGUUGAUUUGCUAAUACUUUGUUGGAGGAUUUUUGCAUCUAUGUUCAUCAGGGAUAUUGGCUUGUAAUUUUCUUGUAAUGUCAUGGUUUUGCUAUCAGGGUAAUGCUGGCCUUGUAAAGUGAGUUUGAGAGCGUUCUUUUCUGUUUUUUGGAAGAGUUUGAGGACUGGUAUUAAUUCUUCUUUAAAUGGUAAAAUUCACCAAUGAAGCCAUCUAGUCUUGGACUUUUAUUUGAAUUAGUAAUCAAAAACAAUCCAAAAAUCUCCUUACUGGUAAAAGGUCUGUUCAGAUUUUUUUUUUCAUGAUUCAGUCUUGGUAGGUGUAUGCUUCUGUGGAUUUAACUAUCAUCUAGGUUGUCCACUUUUUUGGUGUAUAAUUAUUUAGUCUUUUAUGAUCCUUUGCAUUUCUGUGGUAUCAGUUGCAACAUCUCUUUCAUUUCUGAUUUUGAGUUCUUGCUCUUUUUUUCUUGGUGAGUCUAGCUAAAGGUUUAUCUUUUCAGAUAACCAGCUCAGUUUUUUUUUUCCUAUUGUCUUUUUAGUUUCUAUUUCAUUUAUUACUGUUCUUUGUUUCUUCCUUCUCCUAACUUUGGGCUUAUUUUGUUCUUUUUUUAGUUCAUUGAGGUGUAAAGUUAGGUUGAGAUUUUUUUUUUUAAAUUUUAAUUCCAGUGUAGUUAACAGCGUUAUAUUAGAUUCAGGUGUACAAUAUAGUGAUUCAACAAUUCUAUAAGAUCUCUGUUUAAUUGUAGGCAUUUAUCCCUCUGAAUUUCUUAGAACUGCUUUUGUUGCAUCCCAUAAGUUUUGGUAUGUUGUAUUUUCAUUUCAUUCAUUUCAAGAUUUUGAUUUCUCUUUUGACCUACUGGUUGUGCAGUAGCAUGUUGUUUCAUCUCUGAAUAUUUGUGAAUUUUCCAAUUUUCUUCUAGUAAUUGAUUUCUAGUUUUAUUCCACCGAGGUUGGAAAAGAUAGUUGAUAAGAUUUAUUUAUUUGACAGAUCAUGAGCACAAGUAGGCAGAGCAGCAGGCAGAAGGAGAGGGAGAAGAGGCUUCCGGCUGAGCAGGGAGUCUGACGUGGGGCUCAAUCCCAGGACCCUGGGAUCAUGACCUGAGCUGAAGGCAGACGCUUAACCAAGUGAGCCACGCAGGCACCCCAGGCUUUGUAAAUUUGUUCCAUGUGCACUUGAAGCAAAUGUGUAUUCUGCUGCUGUGGGAUGGACUGCUCUGUAUAUGUUAAGUACCAUUUUCUGUCUGGAUGACCUAUCCAUUGGUUAAAGUGAUAUAUUAAAGCCCCUUACUGUUAUUAUAUUGCUAUUUUCCCCUUUAGGUCUGUUAAUAUUUGCUUUAUAUAGUUAAGUACUCCUAUGUUAGAUCAUUUUGUUGGAUUGACUCCUUCAUAAUUCUAUAAUAACCUUGUUUCUUAUUAGUCUUUGUCUUAAAGUCUGUUUUGUCUGAUAUAAGUAUAGCUAUCCCAGCUUUCUUUUGGUUUCCAUUUGCAUGGAAUAUCUUUUCCACCUCUUCACUUUCAGUCUGUGUGUGUCCUAGUAUCUGAAGUGAGUCUCCUGCAGGAAACAUACAUAGAUGGGUCUUACGGUUUAUUUAUUUUUUUAAUUGAUCCAGCCACUCUUGUCUUUUUAUUGGAGAGUUUAGUCCAUUUACAUUUAAAGUAAUUACUGAUAGGUAUGUACUUACUGCCAUUUUGAUAAUUGCUUUUGGGCUGGUUUGUAAUUCCUUUGUUGUUCUCUUCCUUUGCGAUCUGUUGGUUUUCUAUAGUGGUAUGCUCAGAUUCCUUCAUCUUGUUUUAUGUAUAGGUUUUUGCUUUGUGGUUACCUUGACACUUACAUAAAACUGUAACAGUCUAUUUUAAGUUUAUAAUAUGAUUGCAUUCUAAACCUUUGCAUGUUUACUCCCUCCUGCCCAUAUUUUACAUCUUGUUAUCUUGUGUAUCCAUUAACAAAUAUUGUAGUUAUAGUUAUUUUUGCUACUUUGUCUUUUAACCUUCAUAAUAGUUUUGUAAGUGAUUAACCACUAUCUUUACAUUAGACUCUUUUGAAUUUUAUUAAAGAUUUACCUUUACCAGUGAGUUUUUGUGUUACUAAUUAGUACCCUUUCAUUUCAGCCUAAAGAAGUUCCUUUAACCUUCCUUGUAAGGCUGGUCUAGUGGCGAUGAACUCCUUAAUUUUUGCUUGUCUAGAAAAUCCUUUCUCUUUCAAUUCUGAAGGACAGCUUUGCCAGAUAUUAUCGGUUGGUGGUUCUUUCUUUCAGCACUUUGAAUAUACUGUGCUACUCCGUUCUGGCUUGCAAAGUUUCUGCUGAAAAAAUCUGCUAAUAAUAUUAUGGGGAUUCCCUUGUAUGUAACAAGUUGUUUUUCUCUUGCUACUUUUCAGAUUCCCUGUCUUCAACUGUCUGACACUUUGAUUAUAAUAUAAUGUGUCUUGGUGUGGGUCUGAGUUCAUCUUAUUUGGUACUCUCCGGCCCUCCUGGAUCUGGAGGUCUUUCCUUCCCCAGGUUAGGGAACUCUUCAGCCAUUAUUCAUUAAGUUUUCUGUCCCUUUCUCUCUUCUCCUUCUGGGACCCCUAUAAUGUGAAUGUUGGUAUGCCCGAUGUUGUCCCAUAAAUCCCUAGAGCUAUCUCCACUCUAUUUCAUUCUUUUCCUUUUGUUGCUCUGAUUGGAUUAGUUCCAAUGCCGUUUUCAAGUUCACGGAUUUUUCUGCUUCAUCUAGUCUGAUGUUCAGUCUGUUGUAUUUUUCAGUGCUAUUACUAUAUUCUUCAGCUGUGUGACUUCUGUUUGGUGGUGUCUUGUAAUACCUCUUUGUUGAAAUUCUCAUUUUGUUCAUGCAUUGUUCUCCUGAGCUCAGUGAGCAUGUUUAUGGUCAUUAUUUGAACUCUUUAUCAGGUAGAUCACUUAUCACUGUUUCAGUAAGGUCUUUUUUGAGGCUUUACCUUAUUUUUUUGUUUGGAAUAUAUUGCUCUAUUUCUUCAUUUUCUUUGACUCUGUGUCGGUUUCUAUACAUUAGGUAAAACACCCACAUCUUCCAGUCCCGGAGGAGUGGUCUUUUGUAGAUGAACCUUAUCAUUCAGCUCUGCCCUAGCUCUUGGUUGUUUCUCAAACCUGAUUGUCUAAGCAGUCUACUUGAUUCUUAGUAGUUCCCAGUAGUUGAGGUUGUGCCAAGACCUAUCAGUACCUAGAUUCAGGCUGAUUGUAUUCCAGACCCUUAGGCGGAGGCUUUUAAAGGAUGCAAAUAAAUCUCUUUCAGGGGAAGACAGACUGGGGGAUGGAUGCGUCUCCCUGUUCCCUCUACACUGAGCCCUGGGAUGAGAGCCAGUUAAGAACUGUUUGCUAGUGUCCUGUUGGAGCCACUGGCUACCAGAGCUACUAAGCGGUAUCCCUUGGAUGAUAGCUCCCCAAACUGGGACACCGGAUGCAUGCAUAGAUUCCCUUUUGGGGGAGACUGGUGACCGGGAGGGAGGGAGAGUGCAAACAUGGUGUUUGCCAGCCUCCAUCUUUGGAGAGUAUUAAAUUAGAUGCCUGCCCCUCAGGUCAAAGCUUUAAGACCAGCAAAUAGGCCGUUUUCACAGGAAAACUGGGCAUCUUUCAGUUGGCUGGCUCUGCACUGGGCCCUGGCAGGCAGCCAGGUGCACCUGUGCAGACCCUUUAAGAACUAUCUCCCAGUUUGAGGGUCUUGUGGAUGCAAGCCCCAUGGCUUUCAAAGCUAGGUGUUUUCAGGGAUUGUUUCUUGGGUAGCUUUUAAAAGUUGGGGUGCCAGAUGUGGGGUUCAAACCUUUUGCUGCUCAGGGAGAAGUUUGGAGUUGUGAGUUCCUUCAAUGUGGGUUGCUGCAACAGGGAUGGGGUGUAUGGCAGGAUCGUGUCUCAACCUCUCCUACUCGUUGCAAUAUAGGUUUAUUCUCAUUCGCCCAAUAUGUAGGAACGGCUUAGGUAGUUUUUGGGUUUCCAUAUGUAGCUAUAGAUUCGGUGUGUCUGGGGGAGGGGAUGAAUUCAGGAUCCUCCUACAUUGCCAUCUUGAACCAGAACUUGGUAAACUUAUUUUUGAUGUAACUUAAAAUACAGUCAAGCUAACAAUCAGAUUUAUAGGCUAAAUUUGUUUAUUGUCAAAUGUUCCAUUUAUGGCACCUAGUAUCAAAAUGAGAGAACACAGAUGACAACCUAAAUCCAUUCCUGUCUUUUCCAAGUUGCUUACUCAGUCACCAAACUACUACAACAUUGUCCUCGGUAGAUUCCACUAAAUCCUAAACUAAAAAAUGCCAGUGUAUUUACAAAAAGCAGGGGAGGUGGGGGCGGCUGGCUGGCCCAGGCAGUGGGAACAUGUGACUCUUGAUCUUGGGGUCAUGAGUUCAAGCCCCACGUUGGGUGUAGAGAUUACUCAAAAAAAAAAAAAAAAAAAAAAAAGCCAGUGUAUUAAUUUACAAUAA